AGGCGCCUCGGCCCCUCUCAGCGCCGCAAGCCAAGGUCGUGCAAGCGCGCCCCAAUCCGGCAAGUGCGGCGCACCGAAUCGGCAAGCAGGCAAGCAGGCAAGCAGGCAAGCAGGCAAACAGGCAAGCAGGCAGGCAGGCAGUGCUGAUGAGCGUGCGUCCUCGCUGCGUAGUGUGUGGGCACUCCUGUGGGCAGUGGGUAGUGGGCGUGCGAGCCAGACCACGCGAUGAUCGGCGGGCCCCUGCUCAAGACCGUCUCUGCGCGCCCACCGCACGCUGCCCGCCGCGCCCACGCAAAUUGCGCCUUAUUGCCUGUGGGGGUCCGCGGCGGGCCUGGCUGGAGCCUGGCGGAAAAGGCCCGCCCCGGGCGGGAGGAUGGGCUAGAAGCCGUUGCGAUGCGUCCGUGAGGGGGGGGACCGAGGGGCUAGGUAGCAGUGCUGCUGCAAGGGUGUGGGGUGCUGGGCCUGGGUCAGUCAGCUAGCUAGCUACUUGCCGAAAGCAGUUACAUGUGAAGAUG